GGCGGCUGCGGCCAUGCGUCACCCUCUCUCCUCUGGCACAUCCUGUUAAUUUUCUCUUGCUCCCCGUCUGUUUCGUUCCUAGCUCCCCUCCCGCACCGGUCGCCUACGGUAGCCGGCGGCACAGCGUUGUCCGCAGGGCGAACGCUUUCACCCCCACCCCACCCCAGUCCCGGGAUCCGACCGUCCUUACCGGCUCCAAACUCCUCUCCCCUGGGCAGCCCUCGCACGGCGUACCGAUACCAGGCCUUUCUGCUCCUUCUCGUCUCUCUCUCUCUCUCUCCCCCCGUCGCUGACCGUAUUUGUGCAGUUUUUCUCUCCCUCCCUGCCCUUGGUGCGGGACUGAUUUGCGAGGAGCGUUAUGGCUAUGAGGCAGACACCGCUUACUUGCUCUGGGCACACACGGCCUGUGGUUGACUUGGCUUUCAGCGGAAUAACCCCUUAUGGAUAUUUCCUGAUAAGUGCGUGCAAAGAUGGCAAACCUAUGUUGCGCCAGGGGGACACAGGGGACUGGAUUGGAACGUUUCUGGGUCACAAGGGUGCUGUCUGGGGGGCCACCUUGAACAAAGAAGCCACCAAGGCGGCCACUGCUGCGGCCGACUUCACCGCCAAAGUGUGGGAUGCUGUUACAGGGGAUGAGGUCCUCACUCUAGCCCAUAAACACAUCGUCAAGUCUGUGAACUUCACUCAGGACAGUACAUGCCUUUUAACCGGGGGGCAGGAUAAAGUUUUGCGCAUUUAUGACUUGAGCAAGCCUGAUGCAGAGCCUCAGGAGAUCACUGGCCACACCUCUGCCAUUAAAAAGGCUCUUUGGUGCAAUGAUGAUACGCAGAUACUUUCAGCUGCAGAUGACAAAACAGUGCGCCUGUGGGAUAGGAAUAGCAUGGAGGUAGUGAAGACCCUGUCUUUUGACAUUUCAGUCAGCAGCAUGGAGUACAUUCCAGAGGGAGAGAUACUUGUUAUCACUUAUGGGAAAACCAUUGCAUUUUACAAUGCACUAAGCCUUGACUUGAUUAAGACGGUUGAUACCCCAGCAUCAAUUAAUUCUGCUUCUCUUCAUCCUGAGAAGGACUUCUUUGUUGCUGGGGGUGACGAUUUCAAGCUUUACAAAUACGACUAUAAUACUAAGGAAGAAUUAGAGUCUUACAAGGGACACUUUGGGCCAGUCCACUGUGUGCGAUUCAGUCCUGAUGGUGAACUGUAUGCCAGUGGGUCUGAGGACGGCACACUGAGACUUUGGCAAACAGCAGUUGGGAAGACUUAUGGCUUAUGGAAAUGUGUUCUCCCAGAGGAACUGGUUUCGGAGAACUCUGAUGCACUCUACUGUACCGCCACUGAAAUAAAGGCAUGAGUCUCCCGGACAGCCUAGGACAAGAGGCGAUGAGGAGAAAGUGGAUUGCCCUGGCUCCUGCAGAUACAGAGACCAAGACUCAGUAUAUGGUUACAGAUCCACAGGCUUCACCUCCUCUACGGAAGCAGUUGUGGGAGCUGCACUGACCUAGGUGUCAGAGUGGACAAGGGGUUGUUCUGUGAUAUAACAUUCAAACCAAACAGGGAAAAAAAAAGUAUACAAGAGGAAAGCAGUAGACCUGUGAACUUCUUAGCACAGCUGCCUGCUUCCUUUUUGUUAUUUGUGAUAUUUCAGCUUUUUUGGAUGAACUAUCCUAGAUCUCUCUUCCCCAGUGCUGUAGCCAUGUGAUCUAUUUUUUGUUUAAUAUAAGAAUAUAGGGAGGUCUUGGCUGUGCUUGCAAAUUUCUGAUUGUAGGAGGAUUUUGUUUUAUUAAAAUACAGAAAAAAAUAAAUAAUGGGUGAGAAAAGCAAGGUUAUUUUUGUUCUUGGCUUUCAUUUUAGAAGACUUCUGUUAAUUUUGGAAUUGUUUUGUGUUAUAAAAAUAAAGUUUUUUUUUCCUGUCACAGUA